AUGGGGAUGGGCGAGAUGAAUUAUCGAAAUAGUGACAGCGGGCUAGCGGAGCCAGAUCCAGCUCAAACUGGCAGCAUGACAGCCAUCAAUUCGGGCCCAGUCGGCGAGGUGGGCGGCGUCAGGCUGCCCCUGCAGUCGCUCCACGGCUACGGCUCGGUCUUCAUGUACUCGGCGUCGACGAGUCCCGGGGGCGGCGGGGGCGGGGGCACAGGUAACGGGGCGACCGGCCAAACCAACGGCACGGGCGAAGUGACGCUGCGCCUACGCGAGCCCGAGGACAUACCCGAGGAGGUGCUCGCGAGGCUAGAGGACACGGCCACCCUGUCCAUCUCGUUGCAGGGCGACGCUGUCCUGAGGCUAGGUGCCGCCACUCCAGGAAACGGAAGUUUGGAGCUGUUUGACAGCGAGAGCGGGCCCGAUCUCACGCUGUCGCCCCAGACGUUCACAUCCACGGCGGAGGCCUUCAUAAACGACAAUAGCGACAGUCUCGGUGUUCCGGGUGACAACGACACGGGUAGCGGAGAGGAGUCGAGGACAAACUCAGGCGAUCCCGGUAAAUUGGGUGUCAAGAAGCCGAGGCCGAAAGCCUCUUCGCCGAAUCGACAGGGGCCUCAGCAGUGCCAGGUAUGCGGCAAAGUGUUCAACAACGCAUCGGCGCUCACGAAGCACAAGCUGACGCACAGCGACGAGCGCAAGUAUUCCUGCAACUUGUGCGGCAAGGCCUUCAAGCGGCAGGACCACUUGAACGGUCACUCGUUGACGCACCGCAACAAAAAGCCGUACGAGUGCAAGGCCGAGGGUUGCGGCAAAUCGUACUGCGACGCGCGCAGCUUGCGCCGACACACGGAGAACCACCACGCGGCUUCGGCGGCGGCCACCGCGGCCAAGGUCGGCGCCGACAACAACAACGGCAGCGCGAGUCCCAGCAGCCCGAACACGGGGCCCAACACGCCCAACACCCCCGGCAGCAACCCCAGCACGCCCAGCACGCCCGGACCCAACGGCGCCGCUGCCGUUACCAAUUCCACACACGGGCACACGGCGCUCAAACAGCUGCUCGCGUCGGAGCCGGCGCCCGUGCAGCUCAAGGGGUCGAGCGGUGCGGGUGGCGGGAACGACGGCCUCACGAAGCAGCAGCUCGAGCUCAUCCAGCAGAUAAUGCAGCAAACGCAGCAGCACCAACAGCAGGUGCAGAGCCAGUCGUCCCUGCAGCAGACGCAACCGCAACAAGCGACGAUCGUGGGGUCGAAGACGGGCGCGAAGCCGAUCAUCAAGUCGACCACGACCAUCUCCGGGCCCGUGAUCACUGCCGUCGCUGCGAGCGUCGCUGCUAACGCGAGGACGAGUCCCAAGCCCAAGGUCUGGAACCACAACCACCAGCAGCAACAGCAGAGAGAACAAGCUUGUCAGCAGCAGACCCAACAGCAGGCCCAACAGCUUCCCCAACAGCAGCAGCAAUCGGCGCAACUGCAGCCCCAACAGCAGCAAUCGGCACAGGCGAACUCGCCCGGAAGCGGUAAUAAUGCCGGGAAGAUCGUCGUCGUCGGUGGUAGUCCGUCGCCGAGCAGUUCGCCCGGUCUCGUACCGGCCUCCGGUAAACCACCCGUCGAGCCGAAGCCCGUCGAGUGCAACCUGUGCCACCGGAAAUUCAAAAACAUCCCCGCCCUCAACGGCCACAUGAGACUGCACGGGGGUUACUUCAAAAAGGACACGGACACGAAAAAGGCGGAAAAGAAGGAGGUGGCCGGGCCGCCGUUGCAGACGGCCUCGGUCAGCGUACGGGCCCUCAUCGAGGAAAAAAUCAUUCAGAAGAGGACGACAGCAACGGACGCGAACGCGGCUCAUCAGUUGCGCGCCAACGCGGUGCUCGCGGCUCAAGCAGCGGCGACCCCGAUGACGGUGACCUCGUCGACGUCGACCGACAUCCAACAGCAGCAGAUAAUCGGCAAGAUGAACUUUGCCGUGCCCGCGCCCCCACCGCUGGCCCCUGGCGAUAAGAUUCGCCGGUUGUCGGACGGCGAGCACUUCAGGCAGCCGAACGUGACGAUAGCCGGGCACCCGAGCUCCGUGUCGAAGCAGCUCCAGGAAGCUCAGACCCAAGCCCAAGCCCAAGCUCUGGCCGACAUGAUACUCAAGGGCACGACGAAGAUGGCAGUGAAGCGCGCUACCUCGGACCCCGGCCAGAGGGUCCAGUUGACCUAUCAGGCCGCUCCGGUGACUACGACGAGCGGCUCGUCCCAGCCGACCUCCGUCACCGAGAGCUUCACGAUGACCGGCUACCCGGAGGACGGCGGCUACUUUAGCCCCAGUCUACAGGACGAGGUUUUUCAGCAGGUCACCGCCGUGCCCGACAGCGUCUUGCUGCACGCCAGUCAACUCGACGCUAUACAGUUUCAGACGUCGAGUCUGCUGCAGGAGCAGGCAGCCAACGAGGCUUUGCACGACAUGAGCCUGGAGGAGCGUUUCCCGGGCCAGCACGCGGUGAACCCCGAUCUGCAGGCCCUGGUCAACUCGCCCCUGCCCGACUCGCUGGCCGAGUUCAGCACCUACGGGGCCAACUACAGCGACGGCUCGCACGCCCUCCAGCCGAGCCACCAGUCGCCCCUGGCCUCGCCCCUCACCCGCCACGACAGCCCGAGCUUCACCUACCCGACGCCACCGGCGAGCCAGGAGGGCCUGCUCAGCGGUAGCCUGCCCCUCCUCAGUCCCCAGGAGGACACCGACUGCGCGGUCCACUCGGUCUCCUCGCCCCUCUCGGCGGCCUUCUACAGCACGAGCAUGUCCUCGGCCGCGGCGAUCGAGGAAGCCCUCAGCGAGGUCCUCCCCGACGAGGCCGACGCCGACCCCACGGACCUCUACGGCAGCGGCACCGCCACCACCGGUGGGCCCACCCCUGGCUGCCCGAACCCCCACUCGCCCCUGCCGAGUCCCCUCUCCGCGACACCCGCGCCCUCGCCCCUCUCCUCGCUGCCCCCCUCCUCCGUCUCCUCGCCCGGGCCCACCGGCUUUAUCGGCUCGGCCUUCCCCAUGUCGCCCCACCACCACCACCACCACCACCACGCCCUACAGAGCCAGAUGAUGCCCAACUCGGAGGACCCGCUGCUCUCGUCGAGCCCCAAGGACUUUGGGGCCGGGAGGCGCAAGUUCGAGUUCCAGUCGUACAAGCUCGUCGCCAACCAGAGCCAACUCGUCGACUUUGGCUUGGGCAACGGCGCCGUCGCCGGCAUCGUCGUCGACAACAACGGCGAGUUCAAGCUCAUACAGACCGCCGGCCUCCAAAAGACCAACGUCUACGUCCAAGGACCCGCCGGCACCCUCAUGAGCCCGGCCCUGGCCUUCCGUAAGAUCGACCACCACCACCACCAACAACAAACCAACGGCAUCGUUUACCAGCCGCAGCCACUACACCAAGCCAUCAAUCCAGCCAAGUUCCUCAUACAGACGAGCCAAGCUGCUAAGGUGAGCCUCAAACACGCCAGGCAGGGGUCGAGCGUCGGGCUGCCCGUGCCCAUCGACAAGAUCAAGGAGGAGGACUCGCUCGAGGAGGACAUCUUUCUGAGCCCGAGCAGCCUCGACAGUCCCGCUAGGCACGGCAAGCGGCCGCGGCUCGAGGGCCCGAGUAUCCUCUGCGGUGGCGGUCACAACGGCACCUCGAGCCUCGGCGCGAGUCCUUACCCAUCGCGGCUGAGGCGGGCCUGCGACCGACAGUGGAACGGCAGUUACACGCCCCCACCGAUACUCGACCCGUCGAGGCCCGGCUCGGGAUUGUACGCCAGGCUGAUGCACCAGCACGACGCCGCGGACUUUUGCAACUCGAGCAACUCGCAGGUGGGGGGGAACAACACGGACGUGCCGCCCCCUAGGAUCAACGUCGGCACGAGGUACCAGGCGACGAUACCUCAGCUGCUGACGCACGAGGCCGACCGCAUGACCAUCGAGCCCGAGAUGGACCACCUGCUCUGGGAUCCCUGCAUAGACAGCGCCCUCACCGAGACCGAACUGUCCAUGUACCUGCAGUUCGCUUGCUGCGCCACGGUACCCGCCGGUGGAAGGAACAAGGAGUACGCCCUUCACCUGCUCCACAUGUGCAACGGCAACGUUAGAGAGGCGAUGCUGAAACUGAUGCGACCGACGCCCGCGCUUACGUCGGACCAUCCGCUUCGCAGCUACGAGUACAGCGACUCGGACCGUUGGACGUCACGGGAGAUGGACGCGUUUUACCAGAGCCUGUUGAAGUACAACAAGGACUUUUCGGCGAUAGCCCUCGAGAUCGGUAGCAAAACGUCGAGGCAGUGCGUGCAGUUCUAUUACCUGUGGAAGCGGCUCUGUCCCGACGAGUACAGGAGGCUGAGGCUGCUUUACGGGAAACAGCCCAAGAUCAAGGCCGAGAGCGUCUACGGCGGUGGUUUGUCCGACUCUCUCGACGACUGCAAGGACACGAAGGAGCUGUGCGACGCCAUCGCCGCCGUUGCGGAAUUCGACUUCAGCGAGGAGAAGUCCAUUCUUCAUCGGACGCUGAUGCAGACGACCAACGAGAGAGAAAAUUCUGCUACUUUGACGACAAGCGACGGGGAGUUGCGGCUUUUCGCUUACGACUGCCAAGAUAGCUUUAGCAGGAGCGUAACAGAACAGAACAACAAGCCGGUAUCCCAAGCCGGUGGCCACGCUACAGCCGACAACACGAAUUCACAAACUCACACUAGUAAUGAGCUACAACAACAUCAACUACCACCCGUGCCCACCACCACCACCACCACCACCACCACCACCCUACUUCACUACCCCUGCAAGAUAUGCGGGAAAGUAUUCAACAAAGUGAAAAGCAGAAGUGCUCACAUGAAGUCGCAUCGGCCAAUUCCUUCGGCACCAGAUUCAACGGGUCAGGAAUGUAAAAAAGUCCAGCCGGCGCAUCAGGCUGCCCCCCAGCAACAGCAGUCGGUAAGCGGCAGCGUGCAGAUCCAGCAGCACCAGAGCCACGUGAGGCUGAUCGCCCACGAUUACCGGCACUACUCGCACCAGCAUGGCGCGUACGACCACCAGCGUUCCCGGCAGAUCGCACAGACUGCCCUGACGAGCUGCGGCGACGUGCCAAAGAGCCAAGUGUGGCACAACCCGCCGAGACUCCGACCGCCAUAGGAUGAGAUCCGCAGCGCGGCCACCCUCAAGAUACCUUAGCGAAGGUGCUUUUCUUCC